GUUUGACGACAUCGACCUGCCCUCUGCAGUGAAAUACCUGAUAGCCAGCGACCCCAACCUGCAGGUCCUGGGCGCUGCCUACCUCCAGCACAAAUGCUACAGCGACAGCAACGCCAAGAAGCAGAUCCCCCUCCGCGCAGGGAUCCUGUGGAAUCUGUCCUCUAGUGACAACCUGAAGGAUCGCCUGGCCCGGGACACGCUGGAGCAGCUCACAGACCUGGUCCUGGUCCCCCUCUCUGGGCUUGGGGGCUCAGGUGUCAUCCAGCAGAACCCCUCGGAGGCAGAGAUCUUCUACAACUCCACCGGCUUCCUCAGGAAUCUCAGCUCCGCCAGCCAGCAGACCCGGCAGAAGAUGCGCGAGUGCCACGGGCUGGUGGACUCCAUGAUCCACUACGUGAGCAGCUCCCUGGAAGUGGGCAAGUCAGAGGACAAGAGUGUGGAGAAUGCCGUCUGCGUCCUGCGCAACCUCUCCUACCGCCUGUACGACGAAAUGCCCCCGUCCUCCCUCCAGCGCCUGGAAGGCCACAGGAGGAACAACGGCGGCGCGGUGACGGGGGAGCUGGUGGGCUGCUUCAGCCCCCAGAGCAAGAAAGCACGAGAGGGCAGCGGCUGGGAGGCGCAAUACCGGAACGCGGACAUCGUCACCUUCACGGAGGUCUCCAAGGACCCCAAGGGCAUGGAGUGGCUCUGGAACCCGCAGAUCGUGGGCAUCUACAACCGGCUGCUGCAGCGCUGCGAGCUCAACAAGCACACGACGGAGGCGGCCUCGGGCGCCCUGCAGAACAUCACCGCCGGCGACCGCAGGGUGAGGGCGCGGGAGGGGAUGCUAGAGUGCCCAUGCACGGACCCCCUAAGCUACGUUUGAAGUUUGAGGUGGCAAGACAAGCAAGCAGCCCCAGUCUCUGUGCCUCUGCUGCAAGGUUCAUCCCCAGCGUGUCCCCUGGGUCUGGCCACCAGCCCUGACAUGAUGCCUUUGCCCACAGCAACCAAGGUGGUCAGCCACUUGAUCGAGAAGCUGCCGGGGAGCGUCGGGGACAAGGCACCGCCCGCUGACGUCAUCGUGAACAUCAUCGCAGUCCUCAACAACCUGGUGGUGGAGAGCCCCAUGGCUGCCCGCGACAUCGUCUACUUUGAUGGCCUCAGGAAGCUCUUCUACAUCAAGAAGAGAAGGGACAGCUCGGACAACGAGAAGUCCUCCAGGGCAGCAGCCAGCCUCCUGGGCAACAUGUGGCAAUACACCAAGCUCCACCGGGACUUCAAGAUGCCCGGGCUCCUCCGGCCGUGA